AUGAGCGGUACCGAAUUACCUUGGAUAAAUUUGAAAUCAAUCAAAGAAGAUAAAUAUACCCGAGAAUUCGAAGAAAUAGCUGAAAAGUUCAGAGAUGAAGAUCCUUCUUAUUUAUUAGAAUCAGACCAACCAGAGAGUCUAAAUCAACAACUCGAAAGAUCACUUUCAAAUUUGAACAAAUUGGAAAAGAAAAUGUUAUCAGAAGUUGUCGAAUGGACCAAGAAAACUGAAAAUCACGCCAAGCCUGAAUUAGCUGGAAAAAUCAAAAGUUUGAUGCGGCAAUUUUUUGCCAGUUUUGCAAAAGAAGACACUAAGAAAGCUGAUAUCUUGGAAGCUAUGAAAUACAUUAAAUUCAUAUACAAGACUGGAUAUCUCCAAUUUUGUGCUAGGUCCGACUUGAUUCCCGGAAUUUUGACACCCAAUCACUAUAACUAUCUUGAAGCUCUAAACAACAGAAUUCAUCAUGAUCUUACAUUCAUAUCAAGAUUCAUCUCCAAAAGAAAUGGAAAAGCCCAAAUUUUCUCAUUGAAUGAAUAA